GGCGCCGGCGAGCUCCCCCGGCGUCCCUGGCGCCCCGGGAAUCGGCGGCGGCGGCGGCGGCGGAGUGAGUUCGCCGCUGGCUGGGGGCUGCCGCCCCUUUCUCCUCUCGGCCCUCGACCCCGGCCGAGGUGGGGCUAAGCUGGCCCCGCCGACCCGCCUCUCUCCCGCAGCCCCGAUCUCUCGGGGUUCAGCUCGCUCCGAGCCCCUGGGAUGGUGUGGUGGCUCGAUUCUCCCAGUGCCUGGCUGAGUUUCGGACGUGGUUAAGAACCAACUGGUUGAGGUUCAAUGCAGACAAGACGGAUGUGAUGCUGUAGAAAAUGUGCAUCAGAUGUUUAUGUUUAAUUGGUUUACAGACUGUCUGUGGACUCUUUUCCUGUCAAAUUACCAGCCAUCUGUUGAAUCUUCAAGUCCAGGAGGUUCAGCAACAUCCGAUGACCAUGAAUUUGAUCCAUCAGCUGACAUGCUGGUUCAUGAUUUUGAUGAUGAACGAACAUUAGAAGAGGAAGAAAUGAUGGAAGGAGAAACAAACUUCAGUUCUGAAAUAGAGGAUCUUGCAAGGGAAGGCGACAUGCCAAUCCACGAACUUCUCAGCCUUUAUGGUUAUGACAGUACAAUUCGACUCCCUGAAGAAGAUGAGGAGGAGGAAGAGGAGGAAGAAGAAGGUGAUGAUGAUGAAGAUGCUGAUAAUGAUGAUAACAGUGGCUGUAGUGGGGAAAAUAAAGAAGAAAAUGCAAAGGAUUCAUCAGGUCAAGAGGAUGAAACUCAGUCUUCCAAUGAUGAUCCAUCACAGUCCGCUGCUUCUCAAGAUGCCCAAGAAAUAAUUCGCCCACGGCGAUGUAAAUAUUUUGAUACAAAUAGUGAAAUAGAAGAAGAAUCUGAAGAAGAUGAAGAUUAUAUCCCAUCAGAAGACUGGAAGAAGGAGAUUAUGGUUGGCUCCAUGUUUCAAGCAGAGAUUCCAGUUGGCAUUUGUAGAUACAAAGAAAAUGAAAAAGUAUAUGAAAAUGAUGAUCAACUCCUGUGGGACCCUGAAUAUUUAGCGGAAGAUAAAGUGAUUGUGUUUCUUAAGGACGCAUCUCGAAGAACAGGUGACGAGAAAGGUGUUGAAGCCAUCCCUGAAGGAUCUCACAUUAAAGACAACGAACAGGCAUUGUAUGAAUUGGUUAAAUGCAAUUUCGAUACAGAGGAAGCAUUGAGAAGAUUAAGAUUUAAUGUCAAAGCAGCUAGAGAGGAAUUAUCCGUUUGGACAGAGGAAGAGUGUAGAAAUUUCGAACAAGGACUGAAGGCCUAUGGAAAGGACUUUCAUUUGAUUCAGGCUAAUAAAGUUCGAACAAGGUCAGUUGGUGAAUGUGUAGCAUUCUAUUAUAUGUGGAAAAAAUCUGAACGUUACGAUUUCUUUGCUCAGCAAACACGAUUUGGAAAAAAGAAAUAUAAUCUCCAUCCUGGUGUAACGGAUUACAUGGAUCGCCUUCUCGAUGAAAGUGAAAGUGCUGCCUCCAGUCGGGCCCCAUCCCCUCCUCCGACGGCCUCAAACAGCAGCAACAGCCAGUCAGAGAAGGAAGACGGCACUGCCAGCAACAGGAACCAGAACGGGGUGUCAUCUAAUGGACCAAGUGAAAUGUUAUGCAAAGAAGAAGUCAAAGUUGAAGGAUUCCACAUCAAUGGACCGACGGGUGCAAGUAAGAAGCCUCUUCAUGCAGAUAUGGAUACUAAUGGGUAUGAAACAGAUAAUCUGGCCGCUGACCCAAAACUUGCCCACGUGAAUGCAAGAACCGACAAUGAUUUUGAUGAAAAAAGUGAGAGACCUACCAAAAGGCGAAGGGUGAACAGCAAUGGGAAAGAAAGUCCAGGGUCUUCUGAGUUUUUCCAAGAGGCAGUGUCACAUGGAAAAUUUGAAGAACUUGAAAACACAGAUGACUAAAUUUUUAGACUUAACUUACUUUGGCGUAAAUUCUGGUGUGACUAAAAUUUUCAGGGUUAAUGGGUUACCUUUAAAAGUCGAUUUCCUUGAAACAGUUGGUUAAAAUUUGAAAAUCUGAAUUGAGUCCUAACUUAGCAAAUAGAUUUUAUAAUUCUGCCUUUUGCAGACUUUUUAUCUUCAAUGCUAUAAAGACCCUUUUAAAGAUUUAACAAAUAGCAAAUUUGAGUGAAUGUCAGCAUAAACUGCACCUUCUCAUUUGACGUAUUAGUCCUAAAAUUUCACAGCAAAGUACUUUUUGCUUAGUUUAAUGGCAGAGAAAAACUAAGUUCAAAUUUCUGCUUUACAUCAGGUUUUCUGAGUUUCUUGAAAUGUCUUUCCCAAGACAGUUUUCUCUCCAUGCAAAUUGAGUCUCAUUAUUAAGGAAACCCUUAUGAAUCCUGAAAGUUAUGCUAGCAUGAUUUUUUUAUAUAUAGAAGUUUAAAAAUAAACCAAGUCAGGUUUGUAUAUGUAAAAUUGUUGACAUCAAUGAUGUCUUUCCAUAUUCUUAUCUGGGCUUAAGAAAUACAUUCUGUAUUUUUCCAGAUUCUUUGUAGCCUUUGAAAGAUUUUUACAGUACAUAUGUCUUGACUGAGCUGUCCUUUCUUAAUACAAAAGCUUGUAUAAUUUUCUUAACUUGUACAGUUGGUAAACUUUUAUGAGAGGAAUUGAUAUCCCAAGUCUGUCAGCUUUCAUUUUAUUUUGCUAAAGUUUUUCUAAUGAAUUUUUAAGUGUUUGUGUAGUAACUAAGUCAUGUUUCUUAUCCAGCUGGUAAAAGCAUUCAUAAAAGAUUGUGCAAAUUUGCUUUUUCAAAUUUCUACUUAAGGACAAAUAGUUUGAGGCUUCUGAAAUUAAGCAUGUUGUCUAGAUUGCAUAGUUUGUUUUGCAUUUGCUAUAAUUUUCAAAAUUAUUUUUUGAAGCAAGAGUUUACUGUUUGCUUAAGUGCUUAACUGUAUCAUACUGACCAGAGUUCUGUUCAGUUAUUUUUAUAUGCAUUAUAAAAGUUCCCAUCUUUUGCAUUAUACAGGGAAAAAAAGUUAAAAGAUACUAGAUACUGGUGCACAAAAAGUAUUGUUGAGCAGCAAUACUGAUUUUGUGAGAAAGUGAAGUCAGAAAAGUUUUUGGACUUUUCCAGAUGCCAUUCAGUCUUCCCAAAAUGAAAAGAUGCAUUAACCAUUGCUCUGUGUGAUUACAAAUAGGAUUGUUCGCUUGCAUAGCCUUGCUAGAGUGCCGUUUUAUUUUUAGUGCAAAUUUCUUGUUAAAAAAAUGUAGUUUUAUACAGCUGAUAGACCAACUUAUAUCCGAACUUUUAUAAAAGGUUAUUAACUACUUCUUGAUUUUGUCAGACAGGCAUACCACAGAUGCUUUACUGGUUGAUUUGCUGGUUCAUUCAUUCUUGGUUCUAGUGCAAGUUCCUUUUUGAAAGGAAAUCAUCUAUGAACUUCUUUUUAGUGGCUCAGCUGGUGCCGUUAGAGGUGUGCACUGCGAAAUUACGGUGUCGGCCCCAUGGAAGUGUUAUUAUCACAUAUGUUCAGAUGGCUUUCCUUCACCAGCGUCAGCAACUCCCUUUCCCCCAAACAGUGUUAAAAGCCACUUUACUACAACACUUGACUUCAUAUCAUGUACAUUCGCUCUUUCACAUACCUAUCCAAGUAAAUCAAAAAUUUUAGGUGGAGUUGUUGAGAAGUGUGAGUUUUCUGCAUUUUGUUUUACGUAGAACAUUAAUUUAUCCAGAGUGGCAGUUCUAGCAGAUGGUCACAAUCCGUUUUCUGAAUCAGGUUUUAUUAAAUAAAUCCAAAGCAUCAUAGCCGUUUGUCAGAGAUGGUCUGCAGAGAUGUUAGGAAUGAAUAGAGAUGCUCUACUUUUAAAGAUACUGCAAUAUUAGGGUGCCAUUUUCACCUUUUUUAAGUGAUGCAUUUUGUUUGCAGGUUUAUGAAGUUCUUGCAAACUAAUAUUAUACAAGAACAUUUUGAGUACACACUCAGGCAUGUUUGCAGAUGCGGCACAUGUAUACAUAUGUUAGGAAAUUUUACUUUAUCUUCUCUUUAAAGUCUGCCUAAUGAAAGACAUUCCACUAUUAUAAUACAUAAUGCUCAGCUUUUCGUAAAUAUUGAAAUGUAUUUUGUGUUUAUACAGGUAUUCACACAGUACUUUGUUCUCUAUGAUGCAGCCACUAUAACAUGAUGUAAGGCAUUGCACUACUUCAAUUUUUUUAGUAAUAACAUGAAUUUAAUUUGCUUAAUAAUUUUGAGCACAUUUCAUAAUCUCUUGACAAAUUACAUUGGGCAAAAAAAGCAUUUGUUAAUAGUCUCCCCACCGCAAACCCACAAAGCACUGUCAUUUUCAUUUGGAAUGGUGUUCUGUUUUACGAUGUGUUUUCAAAUUGAGUCUGGAAUCUGCAACUCAAGUUCAGCAUAAUCUGUUGAGCUUUAAAAUGUAUCUGAAGUAAUAUUUAAGUAGACAUUUAAAAUUAUGAAUUAAUGUUUUAAAAUUGAUGCAUAGUAAUUUUGCACUGUAAAAUAAUUCCUCUUUUCCCCUUUCCUGUCUGCCAUUCUGAAUAUGCUUAUUAAAGUAUUUUUUUAAACAGAA